UUUUGUUUUCAAAGUAGUUUAGUUUAUAAAUAUUAGGUGAAUAUUAUAUAUUGAAAUGUCCAAAAAUCCACUGGAAUCGUCAUUCAAAGAAUGGAAUGUACAAGCAUCGUUAAUUGCCAAAAGAACUAAUAAUCCAAUCAGAUCUAUCAUCGAAAAUAUUGUCGCAAAGCCAAAUCCAAAAAAGCCGUUGAUAGCAUUAUCUAUUGGCGAUCCUACAACAUUUGGUAAUUUAAAACCAGCAAAAGUAAUGAUAGAAGCUAUGAAAGAGAGUAUCGAGUCUCAAUUAUAUAAUGGUUACGCACCCAGCACAGGAUUUGAAGAGGCAAGGCGAGCAGUAGCAGAAUACAGUUCUAAUGACAAUGUUACAGUAGAUGUGAAAGAUGUUGUGCUGUGUAGUGGAUGCUCGUGUGCCCUUGAUCUUUGCAUCACGGCAUUGGCUCGUGAAGGACAAAACAUCCUGAUUCCUCGACCCGGUUUUUCAAUUUAUCAAACACUUGCUGAGGCACUUGGUAUUACCGUGAAAUUUUACAAGCUUUCCCCAGAAUUGGACUGGAAAAUUGAUCUGGACGAUUUGGAAACACAAAUUGAUGCAUCUACAGCAGCAAUCGUCAUUAAUAAUCCUUCAAAUCCUUGCGGUUCAGUUUUCAGUCGUCAACAUCUAUUAGAUAUUUUGGAAAUCGCUUUCAAAUACUACGUUCCAAUAAUCGCUGAUGAAAUUUAUGAAUAUAUGGUAUUUCUUGGGCAUACAUACCAUUCCUUGGCAUCUUUAUCAACGCAAGUACCUAUUUUAUCUUGCAGUGGAUUGACGAAAAGAUUUUUAGUACCAGGUUGGAGAAUGGGAUGGAUUAUCAUUCACGAUCGUCAAAAUAUAUUAGAUAAAGAAAUCAGGAAAGCAUUACAGUGUUUAAGUCAACGAAUAAUCGGUAGUAAUACGAUCGUUCAAGGCGCCCUUUCAAAAAUACUUAAAGAAACUCCACAAAAGUUUUUUGAUAAUAUUAUGCAAACUUUACAUGCUCAUGCUAGACUUACUUACAAUUACAUCUCUAAAAUACCAGGAUUGACACCUAUUAUGCCGCACGGUGCAAUGUAUAUGAUGGUACACAUCGAUCUGCCAAGCUUUCCACAGUUCAAUACUGAAAUCGAGUUUAUUGAAAGACUCUUAUCAGAAGAAUCCGUUUUCUGUUUACCCGGACAGUGCUUUAGUUACCCCUCUUAUAUACGGUUAGUAAUAACAGUACCUCAACAACUACUCAAGGAAGCUUGCAUAAGAAUUCAGGGGUUUUGUAUAAAGUAUCACAUACAAAAUAACUCAACAGAUUCUGUUAAUAAACGCUCAGAAAGAGGCGCUCUGAGUGGCAACGCCAAGGAGGCAAUUCGUAAAGACCAUGUGGUGGCCGAGAAUGCCUUUAAGAAAGACGCCGGCAAGGCUUCUUCUCAAAAAAGAACGCCAAAGAACAAGGAUGUAGACAUACACAGUAAUACCCAAGAAUUAAGAGGCAAAGGCUAG